AUGGCCGAGGCGGUGGGACUCGCCGCAAGCGUCAUCGCAAUCAUCGACCUGUCCGCCAAAGUCGCUGUCCUCUGCCUCGAUUACUCCACCGCCGUCGGCAAUGCUAGGGCCGACAUCACACGCCUCCGACACCGGUUGGACGACCUAGGCACAACCCUCCAAGGAGUUCGGCAUCUUCUUGAUGACCCGAGUAGUCAAGCGCUCGCGACGUCGCGAAGACUGGUCGACUCUGUUGAUGCCUGCACAUCAGAGCUGGCCCAGUUGCAGAGCAGGCUGGAUCCGGGUAAGGCCCGUAAGGCGAUGCGCCGUUUCGGAAUUCGUGCUCUCAAGUGGCCGUUCGAUAGCAAGGAGGUCAGCGAUAUCGUCUCUAACCUAGAACGCUAUGAACGGACCAUCACUCUAGGUCUGCAAAUCGACCAAACUACGCUUCUCCUCGACAUCAGGCAGAGGAUCGAAGGCGUCUCGCUCCAACCCGAAGAGGAUGUAUCGAUAGCUCGCAAGCCCUGCUUCAGCCUACCGUUCGAACGCGAUCCUGACUUCGUCGACCGACCCUACAUUAUGGCAUGGAUAAAAGACCAAUAUACAGGCCCCGUCGGUCGCAUGGCCCUCGUAGGCAUGGGCGGAUUCGGGUACGAGCCGGAGUGGCUAACAAUCUUGUGCAAGACCAUCAUCACGCUGACUGGCCGUAGUAAAUCGCAGGUCGCCAUUCAAUUUGCGCAUCACGUCCGCGACACGUCACCGCAAACCAGCGUCUUCUGGGUACACGCGAGUUCGAAGCCAAGGUUUGAAGAGGCAUACCGGUCCAUUGCGGACAAUCUACGGCUACCUAGGCGAAACGAUCCCAGCGUCGACGUGCUCGGGCUUGUUCGCGACUGGCUGCAGAGAGAGGAAGCUGGCCCGUGGUUGAUGGUCUUGGACAAUGUUGACGACGUCAACCUCUUCAACCCAACUCCAGCACCGGAAGAGAUGGGGCACAUGGACGCCGCUGAGAAGCUAACAGGUAGCCAUAAGGCUGUCUACGGGAUCUCAGCCAUGGAUGACGCCCAAGCCCUUCUGCUUUUCCGCAACAAGCUGCAGGGAGACUCUGACAAGAAUGCCGCUGCUGAUCUUCUUCGUGCUCUGGAUUAUAUCCCGCUGGCCAUUACCCAAGCGGCGGCAUACAUCAACCGUCGCGCCCCCCGCAUAUCGGUAAAGACAUACCUGGACACCUUCCGGGAAAGUAAUAAGAAGAAGGGCAGCCUCCUCAAUAGCGACGCAGGGGAUCUUCGACGGGAUGAGACCGUCUCCAACUCCGUGGUUACGACGUGGCAAGUAACCCUUGAGCAGAUACGCCGCGAGAGACCAUCCGCAGCCAACCUGCUCUCACUUAUGAGCUUCUUCAAUCCGCAGGGCAUCCCGGAGUUUGUACUCCACAACUAUAAGGGCGAACUGGAGGGCAAUGUGGACAGAGACGAAGAUAGGGAUGAAUUUGAGGAUGAUCUAGAUGUCCUCUGUGGCUACUCGCUCGUGUCUGUGACAGCAACGCGGGAUGUAUGCGAGAUGCAUUCCCUCGUGCAGUUUUGCACACGAGCUUGGCUGUCUAUGGUUGACGAUGCAGAACGAUGGAGACAGGUAUUUUUAUGGGCCAUGUCAAGACAUUUUCCAUCUGGUGCAUUCGAGACCUGGCCCACCUGUCAGAUGCUACUUCCUCACAUUGAGUCGAUGUUGGAGGAGGAGCCACCAAACGAGGACCUGCAGAAGUGGGCCCUUUUGUUGACAAAUUGUGCACGGUAUAUGUUCACUAUAGGGAACUACAGGGCGGCAAGAAAGUUGGGCGACAAAGCAGUCAAAACGAGGGCCAGUGUGCUGGGAGAGGAGCAUCCCGAUACGCUGAGCAGCAUGAACAACCUGGCGUUGACAUAUAGGAACCAAGGGCGAUGGAAGGAGGCGGAAGAGCUACAAGUGCGAGUGAUGGAGACGAGGGCCAAUGUUCUUGGAGAGCAGCAUCCCGAUACGCUGACCAGCAUGGGCAACCUAACGGUAACAUAUAUGAACCAAGGGCGAUGGAAGGAGGCGGAAGAGCUACAAGUGCGAGUGAUGGAGACGACGAAGAAUGCUCUUGGAGAGCAGCAUCCCUCGACGCUGAGCAGCAUGGCCAACCUGGCGUCGACGUACUGGAACCAAGGGCGAUGGAAGGAGGCGGAAGAGCUAGACUUGCGAGUGAUGGAGACGAGGAAGACGGUGCUGGGGGAGGAGCAUCCCGAUACGCUGACCAGCAUGGCCAACCUGGCGUCGACGUAUAGGAACCAAGGUCGAUGGAAGAAGGCGGAAGAGCUAGACUUGCGAGUGAUGGAGACGAGGAAGACGGUGCUGGGAGAGGAGCAUCCCAAGAUGCUGAGCAGCAUGGCCAACUUGGCGUUGACGUACUGGAACCAAGGGCGAUGGAAGGAGGCAGAAGAGCUACAAGUGCGAGUGAUGGAGACGACGAAGAAUGUUCUUGGAGAGCAGCAUCCCUCGACGCUGACCAGCAUGAACAACCUGGCCAUUAUCUGGAAAGACCAAGGCCGCUCUAGAGAUGCUCUAGCUCUGAUGCGAAACUGCGUUGUCCUACGAGAGCGAGUGCUUGAUAUAGACCAUCCGGACGCAGCAUCCUCGGCGGCAACUCUAGCUAAUUGGGAGGAAGCGAGCGACCUAUCAUAG